AGCGGGGAAGAUUGGGGAAGGGCCACUUAGCGCUCUGCCCUCCGAUCAGAGAGCGUGACCCCCAGGGGCCGGCUGUUCCUGGACUCCUUCCAGUGAGAGCUCGGAGGAGAUGCCUGGCCUGUGGUGGAGGCUCUCUGGAAGAAGUAGGAAUGGUUUAUGGGCCUUUCCAGGGAGGGGAAGGCCUGUAGGUCAUGCCCUGAAAACCUGCCUGGCUUGCCUACAGAACCCUAUGAAAGAGGGGCUUUGGGAACUCAGCCCAUGAUUUUGAAGGGAGCUGGUAACCCCAGAGAAACCUGUAUUUUGUUUACUUCUGUUGGUUUUGCUACAAGACUCCAGGAAGACAGAGUAAGGGGCGAACAUGUCAGUCCAGUCUGGUGGACCAUAGUACUGUGGAACUAUACCUCAGAAGGGGUGAACUGUGUUUUAGCCAGAGGGCUAAAUUAAUAUGCUGGCAAAGGGGAUGGAGCAGGAUCUGAUGCAGUGGCUACACCUGAUGAUAGAAAGGUGUUCAGAGCCAACUUUAGGUUUCUACGGAUAGUCAUGGCAGAAGGUGGAUUUGAUCCCUGUGAAUGCAUUUGCUCGCAUGAACAUGCAAUGAGAAGGCUGAUCAAUCUGCUGAGGCAAUCCCAGUCAUACUGCACAGACACGGAAUGCCUUCAAGAAGUGCCAGGACCAAAUUCCUCUGGUGAUAACGGCAUCAGUAUUGCCAUGAUAAUGAUGGCCUGGGUGGUUAUCGCUCUUGUCUUGUUCUUGCUGAGACCAACUAAUCUAAGAGGAUCCAACAUGGCUGGAAAACCAGCCAGUCCACAUCAUGGACAAGAACCACCAGCCCCACCCGUGGAUUAGACCUUCUAAUGCUGGAAAUGCUCGACUGCUAAAACCUUGCACGACCAAAUGAACGAAAGUGACCAGAGUACUAAAUCCCAUUCAAUACUAUUUUCCUUUUGCAUUUACAUAAAGCAGGAUGAUAUUAUUUUGGUAUGGAACAGCUAGGAGCUAUUUCACUUUUAAGUUAAUUCUUGCUUUAUAUAUUAUUACCAUUCCUAGUAGGUGAUAUUUGAAUAAACAAUAAGGAGCUGCAGGGGGUGGAGUUUUGGUUGUUGUUUUACUGUGGACAUUCCAGUCAUUCUCUUUUUGUUACAAUGAUUACAAUAUAUAAUUUCUUUGCAGUGGUCUCUGGCAUAAUUCAAGGAAAAUUUAAAUCCUUGUGCAUUUAUAGUCAUUAAAAGUUAUUUUUCAGA